GUAGCGGAACGGGUGACGUAAAUGAAGACCUAAAGCAAAUGUUGGAAAGCAGUAAAGAUUCUGCAAAGUUGGAUGCUAUGAAAAGGAUUGUUGGGAUGAUUGCAAAGGGAAAAAAUGCUUCUGAACUGUUUCCUGCUGUUGUGAAGAACGUUGCCAGUAAAAAUAUCGAGAUAAAAAAGCUUGUAUAUGUUUAUCUGAUGCGUUAUGCAGAGGAGCAGCAAGAUCUGGCAUUAUUGUCCAUCAGUACUUUCCAGCGUGCUUUAAAAGAUCCUAAUCAGUUAAUCCGUGCAAGUGCUUUAAGAGUUUUAUCCAGUAUCCGUGUCCCAAUUAUUGUUCCUAUUAUGAUGCUUGCUAUUAAGGAAGCCUCUUCUGAUUUAUCUCCUUAUGUGAGGAAGAACGCAGCCCAUGCAAUCCAAAAACUGUACAGUCUUGAUCCAGAGCAAAAGGAAAUGUUAAUUGAAGUGAUAGAAAAGCUUUUGAAGGAUAGAAGUACGCUGGUAGCUGGGAGCGUUGUGAUGGCAUUUGAGGAAGUGUGUCCAGAUAGAAUAGAUCUGAUUCACAAGAACUACCGAAAGCUCUGUAACUUGUUGGUUGACGUGGAGGAGUGGGGUCAAGUUGUUAUAAUCCACAUGUUAACUCGAUAUGCACGUACACAGUUUGUAAGCCCAUGGAAGGAUGAUGAGGUGGUGGAAGAAUAUAGUGAAAAUAACUUCUAUGAAUCAGAUGAAGAACAGAAAGAAAAGGAUCAGAACGUGAAAAACACCUAUACUAUGGACCCAGAUCACAGGCUGCUGUUACGAAAUACAAAGCCCUUGCUUCAAAGCCGAAAUGCUGCUGUGGUAAUGGCAGUUGCACAGCUUUACUGGCAUUUGGCACCAAAAUCUGAAGCUGGCAUUGUUUCUAAGUCAUUGGUGCGUUUACUCCGUAGUAAUAGGGAGGUGCAGUAUAUUGUUCUGCAAAACAUUGCCACUAUGUCAAUUCAGAGAAAGGGUAUGUUUGAACCUUAUCUGAAGAGUUUCUAUGUUAGAUCAACUGAUCCAACAAUGAUCAAAACACUGAAGCUUGAAAUCUUGACAAAUUUAGCAAAUGAAGCCAACAUAUCAACUCUGCUUCGAGAAUUUCAGACUUAUGUGAAAAGCCAGGAUAAACAGUUUGCUGCAGCUACAAUUCAGGCUAUAGGCAGAUGCGCAACUAACAUCACCGAAGUGACUGACACUUGCCUUAACGGCCUCGUAUGUUUGCUGUCCAACAGGGAUGAAAUUGUAGUUGCUGAAAGUGUUGUUGUCAUUAAGAAACUGCUGCAAACCCAGCCAGCACACCAUGGUGAAAUUAUUAAGCAUAUGGCCAAACUCCUGGAUAACAUUACAGUUCCAGUAGCCAGAGCCAGCAUUCUUUGGCUCAUCGGCGAGUACUGUGAACGGGUUCCAAAGAUCGCACCUGAUGUUUUGAGAAAGACAGCCAAGAGUUUCACUAAUGAAGACGACCUUGUGAAGUUGCAGAUCUUAAAUUUGGGUGCAAAACUCUAUUUAACAAACUCAAAGCAGACAAAAUUGCUUACCCAGUACGUAUUAAAUCUCAGCAAGUAUGAUCAAAGCUACGACAUCAGAGACCGUACAAGAUUUAUUAGGCAGCUUAUUGUUCCGAAUGAGAAGAGUGGAGCUUUAAGCAAAUAUGCCAAAAAAAUAUUUCUGGCACAGAAACCUGCCCCAUUGCUUGAGUCUCCUUUUAAAGAUCGGGAUCAUUUCCAGCUUGGCACCUUGUCUCACACGCUGAACAGCCGAGCCACUGGUUACCUGGAGCUGUCUGACUGGCCAGAGGUGGCGCCUGACCCCUCCGUCCGAAAUGUUGAUGUAGCUGAGUCGGCAAAGGAAUGGACUGGGAUUAUAAGAAAGACAAAGAAAGAGAAACCUACUGAAAAGUUCUACUCUGAGUCAGAGGAGGAGGAAGAUGAGUCUGCCAGUACCAGUGCAUCAGAGAGUGAGUCUGGCAGUGAAAGUGAGAAUGAAGAUAAGGAGGAAGGUAGCAGUGAUGAAAGUAGCGGGAGUUCCUCUCCCAGUGAAGAAUCAAGUGACAGUGAAUCAGACAGCAAAGAAAGUACUGCAAAGAAAACAUCUAGAGCUGCUGCUCAAAGUGAUUCAGAGGAUAUUACAAAGAAAGCAAAGAGGAUCUCCAAAAAGAGAAGCACAUCCAGUUCCUCUCAUACAGAGUCCACUUCAUCAGAAGAAAGUUCUUCAGACUCCAAGUCAGAAUCAGACUCUAAAAGUGACUCUGAAACUGGAAAAUCUAGAAGUUCUGCCUCUAGUAAGAAAGAAGAAAAACCAGUACAAGAUAGAAAAGUUCCAAAUAAACAAGACGUGUUUCUCUUAGAUUUAGAUGAUUUCUGUCCUGUGACAACUCCUGUGGCAGUUCCUACAGCAGCUGUUUUGUCCCCAAGUGUAACAGCAGACCUAGAGGGAUUAAGUCUGUCAAGUUCAUCAGUCAUUGAUGUCACUACCCAAGUCUCUGUGCCAACAAAAACACAUGAACUGCUUCACCGAAUGAGUGGAAAAGGAUUAGCAGCACAUUAUCACUUCUCAAGACAGCCAGGCACUUUUGGUGAUUGUAUGGUAUCUGUGCAAGUGACAGUAACAAAUACAACUGAUCAGAAGAUAGAGAAUAUUCACAUCGGGGAGAAGAAAUUGCCUCCAGGCAUGAGGAUGCAUGAGUUCAAUCCAAUAGAGUGCCUUGAGCCCGCAGGAUCCAUUACGGUUUCAAUGGGUAUCGACUUCUGUGAUUCUACUCAGACAGCCAGUUUCCAGUUAUGCACAAAGGAUGAUCAUUUCAAUGUUAACAUUCAACCCCCUGUUGGAGAGCUGCUUUUGCCUGUCACUAUGUCAGAGAAAGACUUUAAGAAGGAGCAAGGGAUGCUGACAGGAAUGAAUGAGACAUCUGUUACAAUAGCUGUUGCUCCGCAGAACUCUACGAGACUUGUAAUAAUUGAGAAGGUAGUGAAGGCAGCAAACCUGGGUGUAGUCCCUUCUGGUCAAGAUAACAUACACAGGAGAUUUUCUACAAAACGGUCUAUGACCAACAGUGAAUAAAUUGAAGAUGUACUUCCUGUUGGGUACACUCCUUCAGAGACAGUGGCUGAAGGCUUGUUCUAGUCAGGCUGAAGUAUUCAGAGUGCUUUAGAGCAUCCUGAAAUCUUCUUUUCUUUGUUUGAUUCAAAAUAGAAUGUAUUUGGUCUGCCACAGUAGUUACAGAAUAGUUUGCAUUUAUAAUGUCCAUCAGUCUAAAAAAAUUGUGUGUAACAACUUAAAUGGCCUACCAGAAAUGCCCAGCAGUGAUAAGCAUUUAGAAAAUAGACCUUCAUUUGCUUCACCAUAAGUAACUGGAAUUCACAGAUACCAUGUGGUCAUAAUUGCAUCUUGUUUUUACUGAGAACAGGAAUUGGACCAUUAACUAAUUGUUACUGUGAUGAACCUGGUCAUCUUUUAAAUAUCACUACAUUAUCAUUAAAGUAAAUCCUGAAUUCAGAUGAAUGAAUAUUUGAGAUAGAGAUUAGAUAAUGGAUACUUUCAAAACUCUAAAACAAAUGACUGAAAUACUUAUACAUAUAUAUACACACAUACACAAACCAUGUACAUAUAUUUGGAUUAAAUCAACUCUGCCAUGAGAGUAAACAAAAAUGGAGCUAUCCUUGCAAAAUCUCAUGGAUGCAAGAAGUAUGCCGUGUUUUAUUUAUGUGACAUGUAAACCAUUUUAGGAUGGUAAAAUAAACAGCCACCUUUUACCUUGCCAAAGCAGUUAUUGAUUCAUUAAAAUAU